ACUCGCCGCCGUGCCGAGCGCUCUGAUUGGCUGAGACCGGAGCCACAGGAAGCGGCGCUGGGCUCGCUGAUUGGCUGCCGUUCUCUUUGUGUGCGGGCAGCUGGCUUCUGGGCUGCAUUUUGAAUGGUCUCGUAUCGGAAGGCGAAGGUGUCCAUGGGCAGCACAGCAACAAAGGAGCCAGGAUGGUGUUAGUGCACGUCGGAUAUCUGGUUCUUCCCGUCUUCGGUUCGGUCAGAAGUAGAGGAGCACAUUUUAGCAGGCACCAGCAUAGUCAUGCUACCUCGUGCCGGCAUUUCCACCUGGCUGCUACGGCAACACCGCUGCCUGCUGAGUUCCCGCCCCCACCCCUUGCUCCGCCUCAGUACCAGGAAGUCCCGCCCCCUUUCCUACCUCAGGCCUUACAGCAGCAAUACCUCAUCCAGCAACAGCUACUGCAACGCAGACGCACACAGGAGCGAGUCCCAAUGAACACUCAUCGGUUACGCCCAGGAUACGAAUAUACUCCGCCCCUUCAUGUCCCUCAGCCAAUCCCACAGCAGCCCAGAUACCUGGCGGAAGGCACUGACUGGGAUCUGAGUGUGGAAGCAGGUGUGCCACAUCAGUAUCCUCUGCAGCAGAUCCCUCAACCCUACCAGCAUUACCUGGCCUCUCCCAGAAUGCACCACUUACCCAGAAACACCUCCCAAGUGGUUGUCCAUGAGAUCAGGAAUUAUCCGUAUCCACAGCUUCAUCUGCUGGCUCUGCAGGGCUUUAGUCCUAGCAGACACUCGUCUGCUGUUCGGGAGAGUUAUGAGGAGCUGCUGCAGUUGGAGGAUCGAUUGGGAAGCGUCAGCCGAGGGGCCAUACAGACCACCAUAGAGAGAUUCACCUUCCCGCACAAAUACAAGAAGCGGAAGCCGCUGGAUCUGAAGUAUUAUGAGAGUGAGGAAGAGUCAGAUGUGGAUGAGAAAUGCACCAUCUGCCUCUCCAUGCUGGAGGAUGGAGAAGAUGUCAGGCGGUUACCCUGUAUGCAUUUGUUCCAUCAGGUGUGUGUGGAUCAGUGGUUGGCCACCAGUAGGAAGUGUCCCAUCUGCAGAGUGGACAUCCAAGCACAGCUCUCCCUCGAGAGCUGAAAUAACACGCAUUGACAAAUAACUUACACACAUGCUGUCUUUCGCUCUUAUACAUCCACUGACAUUUCCAUCCACACACACACACUGUAUAUUACCUAUACACGUGUAUGAUGAGCCAUCCAACACACACUAAACACACACUCACUCGCUUUACUGAGCCAAUGACAAUAACUGACACUACACACACUCUCUCUCUUUCUCUCUCUCUCUCUCACACACACACACACACACACACACACACACACGUGCUGGUAGAAACUAAAGGGUCUAUCGCGAGGAGUGAUUCUGUCUGUAGGGAAAUGGUGUGUGUCCGUAGCAUAUGUGUGUGUAUUUGUGCAAUUCCUUAAGCCAUGAACUUUACUAAAGACCCUCAGCUUGCAUACAAUACACACACACACACACACACACACACAAUUACAUGCUAUUUAUAAUAUAUACACAAUGGCGGAUAAGACACUGUCAAAUCUUGCUGCUGGAGUGUGUGUGUCCACUGUAUUUCUUAUCUGCAAUACUGCUUUAGUCUUACGCACUGGAGCUACUCCGGCUUGCAUUUGUGUGCUUGUUCACCAUUUUGGUGCGUGUGUAUCGUAUGUGUGCUAAUAUUUUCAUGGGUUAGCGGUGUACGACAGUGCAUGUAGAGAAGCCAAAAAAAACAUGCAAUGACAACGAAAAAUAUGAAAACACAAAAGUAACUCAUUUCCGAGACAGCAGGAGGAGGGCUGUUGUCUUACACAAAACAAAGUAGGCAGAGAAUGUUGUGAUUGGUGGAUUUGUGUAGAUAGGCGCAGUAGUAGUUGCAUGCAUCUGUGCUUGGGUUGUUGUUUCAAGGUACACCUGAAAGUAUGCGUGUGUGCGCAAAUGCAUGGAUGUGUAUUAGCUCCUUUAAGCUGUGAAGAUCCGUAACAUUAUCAGACUCAUGUAGCGUGUGUGUGUGUGUGUGUGUGUGAGUGAGAGAGACCCUGCCAUGACCUUUGACCCUAAAUGCCUACUAAAAAAAAGCACAUGUGAGCAUAGCUGAAGUGCCCGGCCUCACUCUGGUGCUGCGCUGCCAUGAUUACUGUAUUUAUUAUUGGUAUUUAAAACAUGCAGUGUUUGGAGGGGGACGGGGCUUGUGCGUGUCCGACCGUGUUCUUGUGUAACGGGUGUCCCCUCGUAGUUGCUAUGCUGGUUGCUAUGCUGUAUUGCUAGAACUACAAUGUAGAAUGUGGUGUGAUAGAGGACCAUCCGCCAGCAGCACACAAGUGGGACUAGACAGAUGGACGCAAUGCAGGAAUUACUUGUAUUUGUCCCGAAACAUACGCUGGUACUUUUUUGUUUCAGCUCAAAUGUCGAGAAUCUUGCAGAGCAAGUUAAAGUUAGCUAAUAUGUUGAAAUGUU